CCGCUGAUUGGCCAGCUGCCUCUGAGGCACGGGGCGCGCGGUAUCCACGAGGAGAAGGAGGCCGUUGCUCAUUAGCAUAGCCGCCCUCUCCCCCCCCACGCGUGGGUGCCCGCGGCGGGGCAUCGCCGGGCGGCGGAGCGCGCAGCGUGGGCCGAGGCGGCCUGAGCCACGCCGGGAGGGAGCCGGUGCCGCGCCCGCGCUACGCGGCGGCUUCGAGGGCGCUGCCUCGGGCACGUAGAGCAUCAGCCGCCUCCGCGGAGGGCCGCGCCGCCGCCCCGCCCUGGAUGAGUCACGGGGACCCGGCGCUCGCGGUGGGGCCCGUAGCGGCGGCGCCGCGUCAGGCGGGGCGGCUCCCGCCGCAGCCCCGCGCCCGCGGAGGAGGGUCCCGCAGCCACCACCCGGCGGCGGAGCGAGCCCGAGCGCGGCGGUGAGCUCCAGCCUCACGAGCAUCGCGUGCGGCAGCCGGGCCCGACGUGUUUCUGAGUAACUGCAGCUGCUCUACAGAUCUCGGCGGCUUCUAAGACGUUAUAUAUUCUUUUUUAUAUCUGCCCUUUCGGAGUCUCUCCCUGGGCUCCUAUGGCACGGUGAGGUUGCACUUACCCCUUUACAGGGUUUUGUGGAGCUCCGUGGUUUUCCACUGUGAUCUCCCUUUCAUCUCAAAGGAAUUCUCUGCGUUUUUAUAUAUACUUUUUCUACUUUUUUGUUUUUUUGGUAAAAACCUGUUUCAGGGAGCAUCAGUCAGCCAAAAAGGCUUUAAAGGAAGCAGCCAGCAGCAGUGACCAGGCCCCUCACGAUGUGGACUUUCCUGGGUAUUGCCUCCUUCAUCUACGUGUAUAAAAAGUGUGGGGACCUGAUGACUUACGCUAAUAAGGAGGUGCUCCUGUCCGUGUUGGUGUUUUUCUCCCUUGGCUUGCUGCUGUCAUAUAGGUACCGCUUCAGAGGGUCCAAGCAACAGCAGCAGCAGCAGCAGAAGUCCCACUUGGGGAUGCUUUCUGAUGUUCUUGCCGCUUUGCCGCUUAUUGGCUUCUUCUGGGCCAAACCCACCCAAGGAUCUCAACGAGUUGAACAACCCAAAUCCCGAAAGGGCAGAAGAGAAGUAAACUUCUCAGAUUUGCAUAUGACAGAGACUGCUCCAAAUACAACAUUAUCAUCCCAAUAUGAUCCGGAAAUUAUCAUUGUGGGUUCAGGUGUCCUUGGUUCUUCUUUGGCUGCGGUGCUCUCAAGGGAUGGAAGAAAGGUGACUGUCAUAGAGAGGGAUCUGAAAGAACCUGACAGGAUAGUUGGAGAGCUGUUACAACCUGGAGGCUUUAGUGCCCUUAGAGACUUGGGUCUUGAAGAUACAGUGGAAGGUAUUGAUGCGCAAGCAGUAAAUGGUUACAUAAUUCAUGACACAGAGAGCAAGUCAGAGGUUGAAGUUCCUUAUCCAACAUCUGAAGAUGGCCGUGUGGCUAGUGGAAAGUCAUUUCAUCAUGGCCACUUCAUCAUGGGUCUCCGAAGGGCAGCUAUGGCGGAACCCAAUGCAAAAUUCAUUGAAGGCAAUGUGUUACAGUUGCUUGAGGAAGAAGACUGUGUAGUGGGUGUUCAGUACAAGGACAAAGAAACUGGAGAUAUUAAGGAGCUCCAUGCACCACUUACUGUUGUUGCUGAUGGACUUUUCUCCAAGUUUAGGAAAAAUUUGGUCUCCAGCAAAGUUACUAUUUCAUCCCAUUUUGUUGGCUGCAUUUUGAAGGAUACACCACAGUUUAAAGCUAAUUAUGCUGAACUUGUUUUAGCGAAAACUAGUCCAGUGCUAAUCUAUCAGAUUUCUUCAACUGAGACUCGGGUCCUCGUUGAUAUUCGAGGGGAGAUGCCAAAAAAUUUAAAAGAAUACAUGAUUGAGAACAUUCAUCCACAACUACCUGAUCACCUAAAGGAACCAUUCUUAACAGCAGUUCAGAAUGAUCGCUUGAGGACUAUGCCAGCAAGCUUCUUGCCUCCUUCAGCUGUUGACAAAAAAGGAGUUCUUCUUUUAGGAGAUGCAUACAAUAUAAGGCACCCUCUAACUGGUGGAGGAAUGAGUGUUGUUUUAAACGAUGUUAAAAUAUGGAGAAGUUUGCUGCAGAAUAUUCCAGACCUGUAUGAAGACUCUGACAUUCUUCAGGCAAAAAGAACAUUUUACUGGUCAAGAAAAAAGUCUCAUUCUUUUGUAGUGAAUGUUCUUGCCCAGGCCCUAUAUGAACUUUUUGCUGCCACAGACGAUUCCUUGCAUCAACUAAAGAAAGCCUGUUUCCAUUACUUCAGACUCGGUGGCGAGUGUGUCUCAGGUCCUGUUGGAUUGCUAUCUGUGUUAUCUCCUAAACCAAUGGUACUGAUUGGUCACUUCUUUGCUGUGGCAUUAUAUGCUGUUUAUUUUUGCUUUAAGUCGGAGUCGUGGAUCACCAAACCUCGAGCAUUCCUCAGUAGUGGAGCUGUCCUUUACCGGAGUUGCUCUAUAAUAUUUCCACUUAUUUACUCUGAAAUGAAAUACUUAGUCUAUUAAAUGGAAAUGGGGGAAAUGACUGAAGGAAGAAGACAUGAAAGUCACGAUGCCUUUAAAAUCUUUGGACAUGUACUAUUUAACAGUGUAUUAUGUUUUCUUCUCUUUAAAAUGCAAUUUCCCUGUUCAGGAUUUGGCUUAAAUUUAGUUUUGUGGUUAUAUAGCCAUAUAUUGUAUGUAAAUAUCCUUUCCUUUGCAAUUUGAUUUUAAAAAUGAGUUAGCUGUUUACAAGGACCAUAAUUAAGUGUUGACAUAUGGUAGAUAAUUGCCAGUUUUGUCAGAAAAUUCAUUCAUCACUUUAUCCAUUGCAUAGAGUGCACCACUAAUAUUAAUAAACUGAAAAGUGAAAAAUGUAAACCAUAUGCUGCUAUUAUCCUUCAUGCUUUUUUUCUGUUAAAUAGCUCCAUAGACUGUUUCUUUGUUACUGUGAAAUGUUGUAAGAAAAUUCUUGAUUUAUGUUAUUUCAUUAGAAAUAUCUGCCUCUAUUCUACUUCAGUUGCAGCUAAGAUACUAGUCCACUGACAUUUAAAAGGACACUGUAAAGGAUUUCAGAUCAUGAAGUGUCACCAUAUCUUUAAAUUUGAUCACUGUUGCAAGUGUCAUGUUGCUUUUCUAAAAUCAUUUUUAAACCAGAAUUACUUUAAACAAGUAAUAAUCAAACUGUAGUUCUCUUGACUACUGCAUUGCAGCUGCGUAGUGAAAGCACAUAUUUCUGAAACUUCCUUCCUUCCUAUCUGUCUCACUUCCUUUUUGAAAGCUUAGGGUUUUCUUUGUUUUGUUUAGCUUGGUGUGUGCGCAACUGAAGUUUAUAAAUACUGCCACUAACUGAAGCACAGCAUCAAAUGAUUCCCCCUGAAACAAAUUCAGUCAAGGCUAUUUCCAGGAGACAGUAAAGUAACCUUUAAUAUUACUUCUAAAAACUCAUGAGAAGUACCGUGAAAGUGUCCUUUUAAUACUUGGAAUAUAUUUUUUCCUGUAGAGGUUACUGCAUGUAACUAAAGAGUUCAUGUUUUUACUGUUGGUUAAUAUUCCUCUCUGUUAUCUUCAACAGUAUGCUUUCCUUCAUUCUUGUGUAUUUUGAUUUUUAUUUUUUUUCUCACCUCUCUUAUGUUUGCUUUGGUAUCACUGUGUGGCUUUUCUAUUCUGGCUUGCCUAAACAAUCAUGCAUCAGUGCAGCCAAGAGUUUAGAGAGCAGUAGCAGAUUACAUGUUUCUGUACUAGCAAACUUUUGAGUGUAUCUUUUGAAAAUGACAGGUUGCAUAAACUGUAUAUAAACAUAAUUUUUCUGUUGGAUUUUCAAAAAAAAAACCUAUGGAGAGGCUUUUUUAGUAUUUUAUUUGAUGGAUAUUUUAAAUGACCAGUUUUUUUCCAGAGGAAACAAAAAUACAUAUAUUUUUCUAACCAUUAUUGCUUUUGAUACCCUCAUGAAAUUAAACAUAGACACAUUCACAAUGCGUAAAAACUUCAGGGUAAAAUACUAAUAUUUUCAAGUAUCAUUGUAAAUGGUAACUAAAUGAUACCCCUUUAAGGGUAUACAAAGUUUGCAGAAUUUAUAUGUGUUUUCAAAAUUUGUGACAAUUUUGAAAAUAUUGGUUACUUUUACAUAUCCCUGUUUUUUAAUAUUAUUUGCAGUGAGUCUCUUUAAAAGUCAAAGAUUAACAAUCCCGAGCCAAAUACACCCCCUCAGCUAACUUACUUAAAUAAAAAGUUCUGAUAUCUGUA